UCCGCUUGCGGGGCGUCGUCGCACUUCUACUGGUGCUCGACUCUACACUAAAGAACCAUCGAACUUAGCUAUCGUGCAGUCUCAUCUGCGUCGCAGUUGAUCUCCGCGUCUGCCAUGUCAAACGUUCGUCUUCUCAAUCGGCCUCCUCAGGUUUUCUUAGGAAAACUUCCAGCCUUUGAGGUUACUUUUGGAACGUGUAUGACCCACUUGCCACAUAUUAAAGGUUUCUUGAAAGAUGAAAAAGAAAAUACAAGUGUUCCAGAUUCGAUUGUGAGUUGCACAAGGAGAGUCAUCCUAAGGAUCCCUGUGGCUUCUUCUGUUUUGUUUUUCUCACAUUCCGCCUGUGGAAAGGUUAAAAAUGCAAACCCAUUCAAUGAUAAGCGUCUUCUAGAGCAGAACAAGAAGAUCCAAGAGGCUAAUCAAGCACCAAAAGACUUCCCAAACUUCAUUAGAGAAGGUUUUCAAGUAAAAGUUGUGACGUCGGAUAAAUAUGUGAAAUGUAUCUCCGGCCUCAUAUAUUUGGACAUAGAAGUUGGUAAUGGUGAUUGCCCCAAGGAUGGCCAACAGGUCACGUUUCACUAUAUUGGUUACAACGAAUCAGGACGCCGUAUAGAUAGCACUUAUUCGCAGGGAUCACCGGCUAAGAUCCGUCUUGGCAAUAAUGCUUUAGUUCCAGGAUUUGAGGAAGGCAUACAUGACAUGAGACCUGGGGGUAAACGAAGGAUCAUUAUUCCUCCCGAACUUGGACCUCCAGUGGGACCUUCCACAUUCUUCAGCUCAAAACAGUUCGAAGUUUUUGAUGUUGAGCUGCUGAAUGUGAAAGACUGCCAGCGCAGGACUAUAGCCUUCUAUUCUGAUGUUGUAUGUGACUGAAUAUCUGGUAUAUCUUUUUACUUGUCUGAAGGAACUACUGAAAAUAAUGCUACUUUAUUUUUUUCCUGGGGAAUUUGCAUGCAUACCACACAAUUCUUGUGUUUUUACAUAUCUAAACCCAAAAUUUGAUUUUUACAUCAAUAAUAGUUGUGUUAUGAUCAUAUUAAAAUCUAUGCAUGAAGGGGCUUAU